AUCUGUGUUACAGCUGUAGUAUCUGAACUUAUGCACUAACUCAACACCACACUCACACCACACACACGCACACCACUAGUGCACAAGUUAGACUCUAGAACUAUACACACAGCACACAUAAUUUGGGUGUCCCUAGAAGCUAGUAGUUGUGGCACAUAUGUGUGGAGGGGAUUUUUAUUUGGGACCAGAGCCCCGGUGAGACAUCCCAAGAAAUUCGGCCACAACGGGACUCGAACCUGGGAUGGGUUGGAUGGCCACUGCCAACACCAACCAUCGAGCUAUUGCUCGUUCUCGCUGCCGUCUCGUCCUGGGCAUACGCAACCACCCAACUGAGAUCUUGAGACUGGAAAUGUAGUGGUGCUAGUAGAAAAAACAAGUUGGAUUUUGGUAGAAGUAUCUUGGCUUGGAGUGGCUCUCAUGGCCGCCGCCGGCACCUUUCCACGCUGCCAUGGCGAAAACGCCUCUACUCUUUGUUUUGCUUAAAGAAACAAUCAGGGACCAGCACGCGAUCCAUCGGAGACGAUUCCUCCUCCUCCUUCACCUGCUGCCACUCUCUGCCACUAUGCUUCUUCCUUCUGUAGCUUUUGUUGUUCCCUUCUUGCCUUCUACUACUGCUACAGCUUGCUGAGCUCGCGCCACUCAGCUGCGACCAGCUUCUCGAGUCUCGAUCAAUCUAGAUCGCGGGCACCAGCCGCGAGGGAUGAGUGUGCGGGGAAAUCCGGCGGCUGCUUCUGCUGCUGCCGGAGAUGAAGGGGAAGAGACGGCGGAGGAGCUGCUGACGCGCGUGGCCGGGAUGGUGCCGGCGGCGGUGAACGCGGCGACCGCGGCUGCGGGUUUCCCGGGCCGGUGGAAAGCGAUCGCCGCGAAGCUGCGCACGCUCCCGGCGCGCCUGUCCGACCUGUCCAGCCACCCCUGCUUCGCCCGGAACGCGCUCUGCCGCGAGCUGCUGCAGUCCGUGGCCGCCACGCUCGCCGACGCGGCCGAGCUCGCCGCGCGGGCGCCCGGCGCCGCCGGGAAGCUCCAGACGCAGAGCGCCAUCGACGCGCUGGGCGCCAGGCUUGACGUCAACAUCCGCGACUGCACGCUCCUCGUCCGGACGGGCGUGCUGUCCGACGCCGCCUCGACUCCUCCUCCGGCAGCGGCCAAGGCGGACGUGCGGGAGCUGCUCGCGCGGCUGCAGAUCGGGCACGGCGAGGCCAAGGGCCGGGCGGUGGACGGGCUGCUGGACGCCCUGGCCAAGGACGAGAAGAGCGUCCUGUCGGCGCUCAGCCGCGCCAACGUGGCCGCGCUGGUGCAGCUGCUCACGGCGCCGGCGCCCGCGGUGCGGGAGAAGGCCGCGACGGUGGUAUGCCAGCUCGCGGAAUCGGGCGGCGGCGUCUGCGAGGCGCUGCUGGUGUCGGAGGGCGCGGUGGCGCCGCUCCUCCGGCUGGCCGAGUCCGGCAGCAGCCUCGCCGCCCGCGAGAAGGCCGUGCUGACGCUGCACCGCCUCUCCGCGCGCCCCGACGCCGCGCUCGCCAUCGCCGGCCACGGCGGCGCGCGCGCGCUCGUCGAGAUCUGCCAGACGGGGGACUCCGUGUCGCAGGCCGCGGCGGCCGGCGCGCUCAAGAACCUCUCCGCGGUGCCGGAGGCGCUGCACGCGCUGGCCGACGAAGGGAUCGUGCGCGUCAUGGUCGGCCUGCUGGACCACGGCACGGUGCUCGGCUCCAAGGAGCACGCCGCGGACUGCCUCGAGAACCUCACGUCCGCCAGCGACGCCUUCCGGCUCGCCGUGGCGUCCGACGGCGGGCUGCGCAGCCUGCUGCUCCACCUCGACGCGCCGUCGCCGCGGGAGUCCGCGGUGCGCGCGCUCGGGAACAUCGUGUGCGCCGUCGCCCCCGACACCCUCGUAUCCCUCGGCGCGCUCCCGCGGCUGGCGCACGUGCUGCGAGUCGGCUCCCCCGGCGCGCAGCAGGCGGCGGCGUCGGCGGUGUGCAAGAUCUCCGGCAGCGGCGAGAGGGACAUGAAGCGUCUCAUCGGCGAGCACGGCUGCGUGCCGCCGCUGGUGCGGAUGCUGGACGCCAAGUCCGCCGGCGCGCGCGAGGCGGCCGCGCAGGCGCUGGCGAGCCUGGCGGCGCACCCGGCCAACGCGCGGGAGACGAGGCGGGACGAGCGGAGCGUGCCCAGCCUGGUGCAGCUGCUGGACCCGAGCCCGGCCAACACGGCGAAAAAGUACGCCAUCGCGUGCCUGCUAGCGCUGUCGUCGGCGAAGCGGUGCAAGAAGCAGAUGAUCUCGCAUGGUGCCAUUGGGUACCUCAAGAAGCUCACCGACAUGGAGGUCGCCGGCGCCGGGGACCUGCUCGACCGGCUGGAGGACCGCGGCAGGCUCCGGAGCAUCUUCAGUAAGAGCUGAUUGCCCGUGCUGAGCUGAGUAGUAGUACUCACAAGUUACAUGUUGCCCGUGCAAAGUAAUUUUCGUUUUUGCCUUAAUCUGUAUAGAAAUCGCAGGCUUGAUGCAGGUGUUCAUUAUGCUACUAGCUGAAUAUAUAUAUUUAUUUACCGUGAAUAUGUCUGUUGUAAUAUGUGGUGGCCUGAUGAGUAUGUUGGGCAAUUCGGGAGCUUCUAACCUCGUACUUAAUACCUUUUCAGUUUAUGCAAGUUAAUAAAGAUGGUAUAUAUUCC